GAGACUGGUGGUGCAGGGCUCCGUCCGGCCAGCGGCAAUGCUGGUGCCCACGGGGCUCCUUGGUCUGGCCCUGCUUUGGGCACUGGCAGCCUUGACUUCAGAUGAAAUUCCAGAUUCCCUGGAGGAACAGGUGGCCUCCUGCCUGACAGUGUGCACAGGGUCAGCUGAUCCCCACCUCCUGGUGGGCACCAGAUUUACCUAUUGCUUCUCCACCAACACCAGCACAGGCCUGCAGGCGACCCAGGUGGAGGGCAGCAGCCUUGGCCUGCAAGGCUUGGUUAUCCUCGAUGUGCUUGGGCCAUGCCAGAUGGCCUUAUGGCUGCAAGGCUUCCGGGUGACCUCCAUGCUGGGCUCCGAGGUGGCGGCUCUGAAGGAAUCCCAGAGUUUGAGCGCCGCCCUCUGCCACCACUUGCUCCGCUUCGUACUCCAUGCAGGGCGCGUGGCCUGCCUGUGUCCCCACCACGCAGAGCAGCGCUGGGUGCUGAAUGUCAAGUGCGCUGUGCUGAGCCUCCUGCAGGGCCGCCCAGGGGCGCAUGGCCCAGAGACCAUGAGCAAGGUGCAUGUCCUGGGCUGGUGUCCCACCACAUACCAGCCACGCGGUGCCAGGCUGCACAAGACCAAGGACCUGGCGUGGUGCUCCCCGCGAUCCCAGGCCCUGCCCCGGGGAGGAGGUAGGUGGGCGGAGCCUCCACCCACUCCUGCCCCCAGUGCCUCCCCACCCUCCUCCCUUCCCUUGCCUGCUUUGGAUUGCUGUUUGCUGGGCUUUUUCCUGCUCUGUCCUUCCGUCUCUGUCAGGCUUUGCUGUUGCUACUGCGCAGAUGGCCGGGGAGGGCUGAAGCUGCCGCCCGGCCCCCAGACCUGGCCCUCCCUGCCGGCCUCAGGGGCCCCAGCCGGGGCCUGGCCCGAGCCCCCCUCCUGCUGUGGUCCAGCAGCCCUGCCUGGCCCCCAUCUGACCUGUGUGCAGAGUUUCCAGGCUGGGGUGCCAAGAGAGGCCUCCUGCACGAAGCCGGACACCGGGGGGCCCCUCUCUGGGGAGGGGAGUGCUGUGCCGAUGUGGACUCUUUCCUGGCUAACGUGCUGCACCAGAGGUCCCCAGGAACCUAGUGGUUCCCCAUGGAAUCCAGGUGAUGGAGACUUAACUCCGAGCAGCCUGUCGUAUGAGUGGGAAGAGACACUGUCCCCAGCUACUGUGUCCACAGUGGGAAUCAGGAGGAAACUGUGCUUGGCUCACACCACGAGUUUUGAGGUAAGUGGGCUGUUCCUCAAGCCGGUGUCCGAGCUGCGGGACCUCUCCAAGGAGGAGAUGGUGGGCCUCUGGUGACGGUCGUCCUGCAAAUGCCAAGACAACUGGGCGUGUGGGCCGCUGACGGACGCCCUGCCUUCCUGUGGCACUGGGCCCUGCGUGGGCCUCGUGAAGGGGCUCAUUGCAUCAGGAGAGGUGGCGGCUGAUGAGGCAGAGGCGUGGCUGUGGUCACUGGCCUUCAUCCCACAGCCCACGGAUGCCACGGUCCACAUGCUGCUGACCCUGCUGCAGGCCCCGGGGGCCAGCCCUGGCACCUUCCUUGGCCUCUCAGCCCUGGUACACAACCUCUGUGCCUCACUGGAUGGGCCCUGCGGGUGGCUGACCAGGCCAGGCACCCUCACCAGGCCUCAAGGCCCUGCCGCCAUCUGGUUUCAGCUCCAGCUUGUGCUGAAGGCGAUUGGCAAUGCUGGCCUGGCGGCCACAGCAGCCACCCCCAUGCUGAGCACUUGUGCAUCCCUGAGGAGCUGCCCCCUGGAGAUUCGGCUGGGAGCCAUCCAUGCUUUCCGGAGGGUUCCCUGCUCACCAGUGCGAUCUGCGCUCUCCCGCCUGUACCAAAGCCCCGAGGAGGACGCUGAGAUCCACAUCCAUGCCGACCUGGCCCCGAUGAGGUGCCCUGGAGAGGAGGUGUUUGCCCAGGUGCAGCACAUGCAGGAAGGCGAGCGGCCCACCCAGGUGGGCUCCUUUGUAUGGAGUCACCUCCUGCAGCUGCUGGAGACAGGGGACCCCCUCCGGGAGGCCCUCCCCAAGGACAUCCUCAGCCGGGAGUUCCGCCCAGAGACCUGGAAACACUCAUCCUGUCCUGAUGUCACCUUCUGCUCAACAUCUGGCAGCCUGGGAGCCACCCUGGAGGGGACCCUUCUCUUUUCUCCAGCCUCCUUCUUGCCCCGUUCUGCCACUGCUAACCCGACCGUCCACACCCUAGGCCAUGCUUUCAACCUCCUGGAGAUGGGGCUCUGGCUGGAAAAUGCAGAGGAAAUCGCCUUCAGGCUGUUUGGUCAGAAGUCAUUCUGGGGGCAGGAGGAGGAGAGAGAGGCCCAGCCAGAGAAGUCCCCAGAACCACAGCCCACACCCCAGAAGGCCAACCCUGACUGUCCAGGACAAAGAUCCAGAAAGAUGAGCGCCGUGCAGCAGGAGGUGGGCCGGAGGCGCAGGGUGCAGCCGGCGCUGUGGUGUGAGCUGAGCGUGAAGGUGUUUGGGAACGAGCUAAGCGCUGUGAACUGCAGGGCGAUGCGGAACCACGUGAAGCACCGGUCCCUGAACCUGGCCAAGCUUGCAGCCGAGCUUCUGAAGGGGCAGGAGGCACAGGUGAGCCGGAGGCUGAGCCUGGCUGGGGAGGAGCUCACCUUUCCCACUGUGUCCGGCCUUCCUGCCCGGCUGACCCUGAAUGCCGCCGUCAGCAUCCGGGUCCGAGGGGCCGCAGACCUCCCGCAGCGCUCGGAUUUCUCUGUGAAUGGUUACGUCAGGCCCAGCGCCCUGCUCCACAUCCUGGCACCGAUGGGCACGGUGGGUGCCCUGGGGCAGGCUGGGCUGAGGUGGGAGACUGGUGCCUGUGGCACCCUCAGCCUGGACAGUGGGAUGCAGGCAAGGAAGGGCCGGCUUUAGAUGUGUCUGAACAUGCCUGAGGAGGCCAUGGAGCCGCUCAGCUCAGGCUCUAAGCUGUAUCUUGUCCCUGGGGAUGGCGUGAGGACCCUCAGUCACAUUCGCAGCCCUUCUGAGGCCCCAUUCUGUACCAACAAGGAGGGCAGUGUCCCGCCCUGGGACUGGCGGCUGUGCACUGAGGUGACCUGGCCAGCACCGGGUCAGCCCUACCUGCUCUCGGUGCCUGUGUUCAUGGCCGUGACAUUGAAGAAGCAGGACCGGGGGCUCCAUCAGUAUCUCCUGGAAGCUGCCUAUACCUUCCACCCUCAGAAGGACAGCUGGCUCCCCCGAGAAGCCUCAGCCCCCAUCUUCAUGGGCACGCCCAAGUCACAAGUGCCCAGGGACGUCGGGGUGAAUGUCUGCCACCGCUCGCCCCAGGGGGAGUCCCGGCUGAAGCUGCCCCAUCCCAGGAAGAAAAUUGAGCUGGAAGGAAAGAUCGAGACUCUCCUGAAUGCCCGUGCGGGUCACCUGGCGCUGAUCCUGGAUGACAGGGAUGUCCACUACAUCAAGGGCCGGAGUGAACUGUGACCAGCAAGGGGCCGUGAGGCCCAGUGGUUCCAGGCCCAGCUGGAGGUGAAACUGGUGAGCGGCAGCCCUGUGUUCCUCGUCGGGAGCCUCAGCCGGCAGGCGGGAAGCCAAUUGGCCUUCUCUGUGUUGCUGAGCUGUAAGGAUGGGUUUUACAGGCAUGUAGAGAUGAGAAGUACUUUCUCUCAGUACCAUUGGUCCUUGCACACGUAGACUAAGAACAGGGACAUUGAGGCCACAUUGAAGGUGACCACAGUCAUGCUGCGCCUAAAGGGUCUGCACCAUGACGGAUCUUAGCGUGGGGAAGUCCAGCACAGCCUGGCCCUGGACGUGGCUCACUCCUCCCAGCUGUAGUUCCCCCAGGCCCUGAGUUUGAAUCGGGACAUUGUCUUCUGAUGGAGUCCCCAGGGAGCAUUCAACUGCAGUGUGGACACCUGGGCCGCCAUCAACCACAUCACAUCCCAGGUGUCGGUCCAGCUGAACAGGUCUGACUCCCACGUGGUGUUUUUCUUCCAACUCAGACAUCCCCAUCGACCAACAUUUCCUCCCAAUUUACAGGUGCAGGCAGCUGCCAGGUGCUCUGAAGAGCACAGCCUCAACGGCUCCCUGCCUGUGCGCAUGUCCAGCAGGGAGCUGGUUCUGCUGGAGGCCGCCGCCAGCCAGGACGCCCGGAGAAGCAGCCAGAGCUGGGGUAUGAACAUUCUUCUCUACCAGGUGGCCCUCGGAGCCCCCAGCGCUGUUCAGCUGCAGUUGUCUGGUCCCAGGUGGUCUGCAAGGGGGGAGGGAGCCCCCGAGGGCAAAGGGCUGGCAUCCUGGGAGAUGGGAAAGCAUGGCUCAGAGUCCCCCUCUCUGUCCCUCUGGGACCAGGCCCACGUUACCCCCACUGGGGCCAUUCUUGGUUUUAAGGCAUUGCAGCAAUGGAAGGAGGAGACACUCAAUUGUCUAUCGACUUGCCUGUUUUCCAGAGCACUACUGGGCCAGAACACAGCAGAGCUUUAUCUCUAGGCAUCUGAGUUGCAGAGGGGAGGCCGCGUCCUGACCCUGCAGAGCCAAGCCCGGCACACGGUGGCUGGCUGGGCAGCUGUGCCCCGCCUCUUGACCCCCAAGUGCAUACUGAAGUGGACAGAGACACUCAGAGAGGGUACCAUCAGGAUCACUGCCGACUCAGCUGUGCUGGGCUUCCUCCUGCGGGAUAAGCAUGAGAAGGCAGGGAAUGGCACCAGUGCAUGCAGCGUGACCAGCGUCCUCAGCCAAAAUAGCAGCCAGGCCUUGCCAGGAGAGCUCAAGCUAAGAGGGCAGCUGCGGGACCAGACAGGGAGCCUCGGAAGCCAGGCCAGCGUCCAUGCCAAUGUGGCCAGCCUGGCUCUGGGUGGGGUCUGCACCUGGGGCCCCGGGCAUGGCCAGCUCUCAGGCAGCCUGAGUCACAACAUCAGCACCUUGACUGCAGCAGGAGUCCCCUUGGAGGUAGGGAUGCUCCUGUCACACACGCAUGUGGCUUCCAACCUCUCAGUGCGCAUGGCACUGCAGAGUGUGGGGGGACGGCUGGGUGUCUUUGGCCUGGAGGACCCGGCCCCCAGCACCCCAGGCAGCUGGCUCCACGCCCACCUUGGCCACACCCUGCUUGGCAUCAGGCGCUGGGGCCUCCCCUUCUCCUGGGACAGCCGUGGACACUUCCAGUCCGGGGGCAACAGUCCGGUAGCUGGGCUGGUGGUGAGCAUGGACGGUGAGCAGCUUCCCAUCGCUCUGGAGAGGAGGGGACAGGAGCACCAGGGGCUGGCCCUGGGGCUGCACCACUUCUCAGGGCUGCUGGGCACCCUGCCCACGAGGCUCAAGGUCAACUGCAGCCAUGGCGUCUCGCCUGCCCAGCUGUCAGGACUCUGCUGGGGGGACAUCACCGGGUGGCCUCUGGAGCUCUCCGUGGACCUUCAUGACAGUGGCUCCGGCUCUGAGCAUUUCAGAUGUGUCUCUGCGGGGCCCACUUCUCUGAACUACACUGUAAGCUGCUCUCACUUUCCCGGACACCUGGAGCUCUCUGGCCAGAGUGAGAAUGACAGUGUGGCCCAUGCAGGGUUCCCAGGCAAGGCCCACCUCAGCACCACGCUGCACAUGCACGAGACCCAGACCCAGGCUAGCGUGGGCCUCCACGGCGGAGCUGGUGUGGACGUGGCAGCCCUGGUGGCCUGGCCAAAGCAUGGCGCUCUGGAGCUGGUGGUGAAUGUCAGCCACAUGGCACCUGCUCUUCGGAGGCUGGGCCUGCCCUUUGCCAGCCGGCUCCUGUUCCGGCAGCUCUGGGCAAAGGAAGAGAUGAGUUCUUCCCUGCGGCUGACCUGUGAUUCUCAAGCCAGCCUGCUCCUCGAUGUGCAUGGCCAGAGCCGGGUGGUCAGCAAAGAGCUGCGUCUCUCAAGUCAGCAUCGCCCUGCCCUCCUGGGCUGCUGCCCCCGCAGAGCCUCAGCCUCAGCAAAGCUACAGAGCUCCGAGGGGGAGGCCGGGAGCACCUUUGUCCUGGCGGCGGAGGAGCAUCACUUCCGCAUGGGCACCAGGCUGUUGGCUGCUCAGGCUGGUCUCAGUAACACCAUCAGGCUGGAGCAGACCUUCCUCCAGCUGAGCGCCCUCCCAGGGGAACUGGUCCUGCAGACCGUGUAUGAACGAGCCCAUGGAAUCUGCGCGCUGCACCAGAUGGUCCUGUGGGAUGGCCAGGAGGUGGCCCUCAACGGGAGCCUCUCUGGCCCCUUCCACAAGCCCACUGGGAACCUCAGCCUGCAGGUGGAGCUCACCCACCCGCUGGCCCUCUCCCUGCCGCAGCACUGCAGCUUCUGCCUGUCCUCCAAGCCCUGAGGGUGCAGCCGCUGGGACCACCUGGCCAUGGGCUGGGAGGGCAAGGACCGGGUCGUGGUCUCCUCCUCUCCGCGACUGGAGACAGGCAAACUGGCUGCCGACCUGGCCCUGGCUCACCCCUUCAGCCUGCCCUGGCAGUGUGCCGAGGUCAGCGGCCUUGCGGAGAGCAGGGGCAGCAGUCAGAGCCGGCAGGUACAGCUUGCCUGGAACAGAGGGCAGCCUGUGACCUUGCACCUCAGCUGGGCAGACAGGUCCUCAGCACGCAGCACCUUCUGGGGGGGCUGCCUGGCUGCCUCCCUUCCUCCUCCCUGUCAACUCCAGGAAACCUGGGGCCUGGGCACCCGCAGAGCCGGUGGGGCUUUAAUGCAGAGCCCUGCUGAGUUCAGUCAGCAGCUCCAUCUGUCGUGGGGCCAAUGCCUGGUGCAGCAGAACCUGACAUAUGAGAGGCACUGGCCAUCCCAGCCAGACAAGGUCCACGCAGAGGCCACACUGGAGCAUGUCCUCACGGCCUCCUGCACCACACAGAGCUUCCGGGGAGAAGUGGAGACCAACUAUGCCCACUGGCUGCACCACUCCCUGCACCUGGGGCUCUGUGACCUGCCCAGGGCCCUCUCCAUCUCUGGGGAGCACACCCUAAGCCAUGGGGGGCUCCUACUACGUUCCCACUGCCAGUUGGGCCUUGCACCUGACCUGGACCAUGGCCUGCACCUCAGCCUGACCCUCCGCAACCACAGCAGGCCCCAGACGCCUGAUUUCUCCGGGGAGCUGGAGAUCCUCACACCCAGGGCUCAGCGGCUUGGCCUGCUGCGCCAAAUCUCCACCUCAGUGCCUCAGAGCUUGGUCCCGCUGGAGGGAGAUGUGGGUGAUGGGGUCAAGAAGGUGAGGCUGUCAGUGUCCCAGGCCCAUGAGGGAGGGAGCCAGGAGGAGAGCUUGGUGCUAGGGGCAUGUGCCCACAGGCGGGUGGUGGAAGCAGAGGCUCUGCUCCAGGACAGCGGGCAGCUGGUCCAGCCCCUGGGAAGCCUGACCCUAUAGGCUGCCAACUAGAGCCUUCGCUUAGCUGUGCACGGCUGCCAGAGGACCCUGCUGGGCCGUGUGGAGGUACAGCCGGCGGGCACCCUGGGCAGUGUGGUGGGCCCCCUCCUGCAGCUGUCCCAGGCGGCUAGGGGCCAGGCCGUGGCUGUGCACUGGGGCCAGGCCAGGCGGGUGCUGACUCACCGCUUAGAGCUGCACCUGGAGGGGCUGCAUGCGGCACUGAAGCAGCUGUGGAAGGAGCUGGAACGGCCCCUGGCCACGCUGAAGGACGCCUACUUGGAGGUGACACUACGCCCCCUGGAGGAGGUGUGGCAGCAGCUGGUUGAGGAGGCCGUGCAGCAGCUGCAGGCCUGGGUGUCCAGGAUGCCCGGAACCUGGGGGUCCGGGCCCACUGGGGCAGCCCUUGAAGCCACGAGGGUCACCGUGGAGCUGGACACCCACCGGAUGCUGUCUUGGGCCGAUGUCACCUUCUCCUGGGCCCUGAGGCGGCUCUGCAAGCCCUUGGUGGACCUGUGCAGCUUCUCAGCCAGGAACUGCUCCAUGGUGGUGACGAUGUCCCUGCUGCUUCCAGGGGAUGAGCCCCUGGGUGUGGCCCGGGUGACGUACCUGGUGGAGGAGAAGCUGCUGCGGCUGCUCCGAGAGCUGUACAGGAACAACGUGCUGGCUGAGUACCACCGGCUCAAACACCACCCGCUGGAGGGCCCCUCUGAGUAUCAUGCCGUGGGGGCCGGGGCCAGGUACGUGGUGACCUUUGAUGGCCAGAUGUGGGAUGUGGGUGCCCACCGCGGCAGCCUGCUCCUGGCCAAGGACUUUGCUCAUGUCUUCUCCCUGACGGUGAGCCGGGCAGGCUCAGGGCUCACAUCUCUGCCCAUGGAGCUGAAGCACACCACCCCCAUCCUCUACCCCAGCCUGGAGACCUGCAGGCUAUACAACACCCUACCUAUGGGGAGCUGUCUGGACCUGGAUCUGCCUCCCACCAAGAUGUGGAAACACGUCCCCAAAAUCAAGCUGACCAGUGCAGAUGGCGUCUCUGGCUCCUAUGAUGUCCAAGCUGGCCUCUGCAGCCUGACACAGGGCCUAUGGCUCCACAGCACGUCUGCCAGCCUUCUGGGCACCAGGAACAACAAGGCUGGCAAUGAGCUGAUGCUGCCCGAUGGCAGAGUGGCCAGCAGCCUCGAGGAGUUCCCCCUGGUCUGGCAGGUGGGUGACGACUGCAGGGCCACAGAGGAAACUCAGCGUUGCUCAGGACGAAGCCCCACCUGCCAGGCCUUCUUCCAGGACCCACACUCCAGUUUGGGAAACUGCUUCAGGGUGGUGAACCCCACGCCGUUCCUCAGCCUGUGCCUCCAGAAUGCCUGGGGCACCCAGGAGCUCCCACCUGCUUGCACGCUGGCAGCCGCCUACAUCCACCUGUGUGCCCGGGGCUUGGUGCCCCUGGACCCUCCUCCACUGUGCGAGGGGAAACCAGGUCCUUCCUCUUAG